AUGAAGACACGGAUGCGUCAUGGGGUAGCCGUGUUUUUAGCGAUUACCAUGUGCACAAGUGUGAUAUUCGUGUACAACGCCAGCUCCGGUAACACGUCCCGAGGUUCGGAUGAUGCGUCGAGUCAGAAGACGGAGCCCACCAAAAGUCCCGAUAAGGCUCACAAAACCCCUCCAUCAACACUGCACGGCUACAGCAGCAUCACUGAUCACAAGCCACUGAAGAUGCACUGCAGCAGUUGUGCCUUGGUCACCAGCUCAGGUCACCUGACCGGUGGGCACCGUGGCAACGAGAUUGACAGCGCAGAGUGUGUCAUCCGCAUGAACGACGCACCCACAACCAACGGCUACGGGCAGGACGUGGGCCGCCGCACCAGCCUCCGCGUCAUCGCUCAUUCAAGCAUGCAGCGGGUACUGCGCAACCGUCACGAGCUGCUCAACUCCAGCCAAGACACCGUCUUCAUUUUCUGGGGACCCAGUAACUACAUGCGACGAGAUGGCAAAGGCCUGGUCUACAACAACCUGCGACUGAUGAACCAAGUGCUGCCUAAACUCAAAGUGUACAUUGUUUCGUGGCAGAAGAUGCUUCAGUUUGAUGAAAUCUUCAAGAGGGAGACGGGCAAAGACAGGAGAAUUUCUAACUCCUGGUUAAGCACAGGUUGGUUUACUAUGACCAUUGCUUUAGAGCUGUGUGACAGAAUCAACGUCUAUGGGAUGGUGCCUCCUGACUUCUGCAGAGAGGCCGAGCACCCCUCGGUCCCUUACCAUUACUACGAGCCUCUCGGGCCAGACGAAUGUGCCAUGUACAUUUCCCAUGAGCGCGGUCGCCGUGGCAGCCACCACCGUUUCAUAACCGAGAAGCGAGUCUUUGCUAACUGGGCUCGGACUUUCAACAUCCACUUCUAUCAGCCCGACUGGAGCCCCCCGCCACUGCCAAAAAAUGACACAACACCAACGGUUUUGCCUCAGGCUCAGAAGACAUGA